AUGCAGGGAGUCAUUGGACAGCUGACAUCAACUCUUCAAAACCUUGCUGAACGCUACCGAGCAUUGAACUCUGCAUAUAUCAAAGAGUGUGAUUAUCGCCGCAAAAUCUUCAACGAUCUCCAAGAUUUGCGUGGUGCAAUUCGUGUAUUUUGUCGUGUACGUCCACUAAUUCAAUCUGAGAUCGAUAAGCAGGAAACCGCAGUUAUCGACACUUCCCUCCUGGUCCAUCUUUCCCAAAACACCGUCGACACUGGCAAAGGCCAGCGUCGCAGUGACAAAAUCUACGAAUUCGACCGUGUAUUCGACGCCUUUUCCUCUCAAAGCCUCGUCUUUUCCGAAAUGAAAGGCCUGGUCACCAGCGUUCUGGACGGAUAUUCCGCGUGCAUCUUCGCGUACGGCCAAACCGGCUCUGGCAAGACGUUCACGAUGGAAGGAGAGGAGGGAGAGCAGGCAGGAAUGAUUCCUCGGACGCUCGAAACGCUCUGCGAAGAGAUGGCGCAGCAUCCCGAGAUUCGGUAUGCCGUGGCGAUUCGAAUGAUCGAAAUCUACAACGAGAAAGUGUACGAUUUACUCGGCGGAAACGCGCAGGUGGACGCGCGAUUGGAUGCAUCGGGACGCGUCGUGUUUCCUUCUGCAGUCGUGGAAGAAGCGAAAUCGCUCACACAGAUGCUGGAGAUUCUGAAGCGCGGCAAUCAGAGUCGCCGGGUCGCUUCGACGGCCAGCAAUGAGCACAGCAGUCGAUCACAUAUGCUGUUUUUCCUCUCGAUUCACAGCUCCAAUUCGGCGUCGAAUCAAACAUCGCAGGGGAAUCUGGUGUUGAUCGAUCUGGCAGGAAGCGAGCGCGUUUCGAAGACGGAAUCCACGGGACAGCGAUUGGUGGAAGGACAACACAUCAACAAAUCGCUGAGUAGUUUAGGCGACGUGAUUCACGCGCUGAACAACAAGCACAAACACGUUCCGUUCCGAAACAGCAUGCUGACGUUCGUUUUGCAGGACGUUUUAGCGAUCGGGAACAAAGUCCUGAUGAUCGCACAGCUCUCUCCGGCGGGGUGCAACGUUCAGGAGUCGCUGCAAUCUCUCGAGUUCGCGAACCGAGUCAAUAAAGUGGUGCUGGGUCGAAGUGUGGAGAAUCGAACGCAGCCGCUCGUCGCGAAAUUGAACGAAGCUGUGAUUCUUAGGGAACGUUGUGAGGAAUAGAACGAUCAUUUGAAGCAGGAAUUAGAAAACGUGUCCACAGAAUUGAAGAUUCUGAAAGAGAAAUCGGCGCUCUCGUCGGAUUCGCUGGGGCAGGCGGAGAAGCGAGUGCAGUCGCUUCAAUCGCUGCUGACGGAAAAGAAUUCAGAAGUGGGCUGUGGACUGGGGUUGGAAGUAGAUUGCGCGGUUGAACGAUAAAAUCACGGAUUUGGAUGCGGAUGUCGCUGGGAAGGCGCGGCUUCUUCACGAUCGCGUUGAAGAAGUCGCGGAAUUGAAAGUAAUUCGAGGAGUUGGUUGGUGAAUCGCAGAAGAAAGUCGAUGCAUUAGAAGCCGAAAACCGAUCGCUUCGAUCGCGUCGCUCUUCCGAAGGAUUCAGAGAUUCCUUUGGCUCCUUUAUCGAUACGUCCAAUCCUGUGAUUAAUCGGCGAUUGAGUACCGUCGGAAUUAAUCGAGUUUCCACUUCGACGACCAGUGCUGCUUCUGCUUCUGCUUCUGCUUCUACUUCUACUUCUACUUCUCGACAAUCUUUAUCCCAUCCUACACUUCCAGAAAAAGACUCUUUUAAACGCCCUGUUCCCGUCUCUUCUACUUCAGUUUCCACUUCCACAGCUCCUCCUUCCACAACGCAGAAGUCCAAUCGACGCAUUUCGUUGAUCGAGCGAUCGAAAAUGGCCGCUUCGCAUUCUGCAGUUUCUUCUAUGUCUUCAUCUUCUUCUGGUUCGUCGCGUACGGUUACUGGAGUCGCUCGAUUGACGACUCGACGUACUUCGACCGGAACGCGACGCUUUUCGCUGGUUCGAUCGCGCGCACCGACCGGAUCGACUGAAUCAAAAGAAAAGAAAAGAGGAGAAAACGGAGAAGAGAAGGAAAAGGAAAAGGAAAAGGCGGAGGAUGGAAAGUCCGUGAAACGAAACAAUUCGGCGGCCGAGCAGACCGAAAAGAUUGUUAUUUCGCCCACAAAGCGUCGCCGUUAUACUGUGAGUGUGAAUCGAAAUAGCCAGCCUUCCUAUACCUUUACACCUUCGACAGAUCGACGAAAAACCUUGGACUCGCUUCUCAUGAAAGCUACAAAAUUGAAUGAAUCGGAUUCUACGCUGAAUAAUACGUCCGAACUUUCUACCUUUUUGACCUCGACGUCCUAUCGCAAACCUGAUAAUCCUCUCUCUUUUUUGAAUUGAGCUUGUAAAAUGGGUCGUUU